AUGAGAACACUACCGAUUCUUCUUCUGGCUAUUGUUGGAGCGGUUUAUUGUUGGCCAAUUCAAAAUGAUGAAGAAAUCGGAGUCGAUGCUCGGAGUCGAGUACUCGGAGCUUCUGAAUCCAAUCGAGCUGAGAUGGUGGAGAGAGUGAAGAGAGCAAGUGAUAAGAAGUUGGAGAGACAAUUGGAGAAAGUUAUGAAGAAGGUGGAGAAGAUUCAGGAUAAGAUUGAGGAGAACAAGAACAAGAGGGAUAAGAAGAACAAGAAUAAGAACAAGAAGGAUGAUGAUGAUGAGGAAGAGGAGGAAAAGGAUAAGAAGAAGAAGGAUAAGAAGAAGGACGACGAUGAUGAGGAGAAGAAGAAAGACAAGAAGAAAAAGGAUGAUGAUUCUGAGGAAGAAGACAAGAAGAAGGAUAAGAAGAGGGGGAAGAAGCAGAGUGAUGAAAGCGAAGACUCAGAGGAAAAGGAUAAGAAGAAGAAGAAUAGAAGAAGAGACUGA